AUGUCUGGAGAAAAUUCCUUAGAGUCGAUCCCCAAGAUCUUGGAACAAUCUUUGGUUCCACAAUAUUCAAAUCAAGCAGAAAAGACCCUCAAAUCGAUCGAAAAUGAGCCUGGGUUCUCCAUCAAUUUACUACAUAUCAUUGCAUCUACAAAUCUCUCCAGCUCAGUUCGAUUAGCAGCGGCAUUAUACUUCAAAAACUUGGUCAAGAGGAAAUGGAUCACUGAGGAUGGAACCAACUAUCUAUUGCCGUUGGAAGAUGUAAACAAAAUCAAAUACGAGAUUAUUGAUGUUAUGAUCCAUUUGCCUAACCAAUUGCAAGUUCAAAUUGGUGAAGCCAUAUCUUUGAUUGCUGAAUGUGAUUUCCCUCACAAUUGGCCCAAUUUGAUUGAUACUUUAGUUUCGAAAUUGUCAUUGACUGAUUUCGUCAAUAACAAAGCCAUAUUGUUGGUGUCACAUUCCAUAUUCAAGAAAUGGCGACCACUUUUCCGAUCCGAUGAGUUGUUUUUGGAGAUCAAGUUGGUUUUGGAGAAAUUUGUUGAGCCUUUUUUAAAACUAUUUGUUGAAUUGGAUCAUUUGAUUGAUAAACUGAAGGAUAAUGAGGCACAAUUGACUAUUUAUUUUGAGAAUUUGUUGUUGUUGAUGCAAAUAUACUAUGAUUUCAAUUGUCAAGAUAUUCCUGAGUUUUUCGAGGACCAUAUGAAUGAGUUUAUGAAUAUUGUUCACAAAUACUUGGUGUAUGACAAUUCUCUACUCUUGAAAAAGGAUGAAGAUGAAGAAGUGGAUGUGCUAAUUAAAGUCAAGACGUCAAUCAUUGAGUUAUUGUCAUUAUAUGUCACAAGAUAUGCUGAUGUUUUUGAACCAUUGAUUCAGACAUUUAUUACUUCGGUUUGGGAUUUGAUUAACAACUUUGUUACUAAACAACCCAAAUUCGAUUUAUUGGUGGUUAAAGCUUUGCAUUUCUUGUCUUCAAUUAUCAAAAUACCAACCUAUCAAUCACUUUUUCAAAGUGAACAAUCGGUGAAUGAGAUUAUUGAGAGAAUUAUAUUACCUAAUAUCGUGUUGAGAGAAAAUGAUGAAGAGACUUUUGAAGACGAACCUAUACUAUAUGUAAGAUCCGAUUUGGAAGGAUCUGAUUUCGAUUCAAGGAGGAAAAGUGCUACUGACUUCUUGAGAGAGUUGAAGGAAUUGAAUAGUGAGUUAUUAACUACAACGGUUAUGAAGUACGUCAAUCAGUUUUUGAGUUUUGCUACCACUGAUUGGAAGAAUAAAGAUACUGCAAUCUACCUAUUCAGUUCACUAGCAACAAAGGGAAGUGUUACAAAUGUUGGAGUCACUUCAACUAAUGUGCUAGUUGAUGUUGUUGAAUUUUUCUCAAAAAACAUUGCUCAUGAUUUGGAAUCCAACGAAGUGCAUCCGAUUUUACAAGUGGAUGCAAUAAAAUACAUUUUUACAUUUAGAAACCAGCUCACAAAGGACCAACUUUUGGUCACUAUUCCUAGGUUGAUUAAUCAUCUCGAGAGUAACUCCAAUGUGGUUGUAUACACCUAUUCAGCAAUCACAAUUGAAAAACUACUUUCAAUGACCAAUUUCAGUCAAGGACACCAGCCAGUCUUUAACAAGAAUGACAUUGAACCAUUUGUUACUCCUUUAUUGACAAAAUUGUUCAACUUGAUUCUUUUAAAUAGUGCCAGCUCACCGGAAAAGUUGGCUGAAAAUGAAUUUCUCAUGAAGUGUAUUAUGAGAGUAUUGAACACAUGUGAAGAUUUAUUCACGGAGAGAGUCCCCAUUAUUGAUCAGUUAUUGCAGAUUCUCAAAAUCACUGCUAAGAAUCCAUCCAAUCCCAAAUUCUCUCAUUACACUUUUGAAUCCUUGGCAUUGCUAUUCAAAUACGGAGCGCAACAGGAUCCUAAAAACAUCAACCAGUACAUAGAGCAUGCGAUACCAGGUUUGCUCAAUAUCCUUUCUGAAGAUGUGCAGGAGUUUGUUCCUUAUACAUUUCAAAUCUUGGCGUUUUUGUUGGAGAAUUACCCCAAAGGUAGUGGAUUACCAGAUACUUACAAGUCAUUGAUCCAGCCAUUGAUGUCGCCUUCGGUAUGGCAGUUUAAGGGAAACAUUCCCGGAAUCACACGAUUAUUAGUCUCGAUAUUGGAGCAUGAUCCUACAUUCUUUAUUGAAUCUAAUCACUUGACUCCGUUAUUGGGAGUUUUCCAAAAUUUGUUGGCUAGCAAAGCCAAUGAUUCGUAUGGAUUUGACUUGAUACAAAGCAUAUUAUUCAAUGUUCCGUUGACUUCAUUGCAACCUUAUUUGAGCAACAUUGCCCGUUUGAUACUUACCAGAUUGCAAAAAUCACGCACUGAUAAAUUUGUCAAACGAUUUGUUGUGUUUUUGAAUGUUUUAACCACGGUUAAUCUCAGCGAUGUCAAGUAUACCAAUAGCCAAGUGAUUUCCGGUGGUGAUUUCAUUAUCCAAUUGAUUGAUUCGGUGCAACUGGGGUUGUUUGGACAAAUUUAUUCCACGUUUGUGUUGUCUACAUCUUCGAUAUUGGCAAAUUUGCAAGACAAGAAGAUUGUCAAUGUUGGAAUCAGCGUCUUGUUGACUAAUCCAACCUUUCAAUCUCAAUAUAGCAACUUCGUGGUGAGCACCAUUGAAACGUUGGUUAAGAAUUUGGAUGUAUAUGAAGCGAUAGCCAAGAGCAACACUAGUGCAGCCAGCAAUGGAGCAAAUGUUGUUAGCGUGGGUGGUGGUGGUGGUGCUAUUGGAGGCGGAUUGAACGACUUGGAUUCUGAUUUCUCUACAUUUGGAUCACAUUAUUCCAAAUUGGCAGCCAUUGCAAAACCUCCAUUUGACCCAUUGUCAUCGACAAUCAAAAACAAUGAUUUCGCAUUGAUCAAAAGCACCAUAUUGGCAAAUGUGAAAAAAGUUGAUGCGCUGCUUUUGAACCAGUUGAAUGGAGAAACUCAGGCAUUGUUACAGAGUAUGGCAUAUUAG